AUGUAUUGGCUAUACAUGCUCAUUUACCUGGGGGCAGUCUACGCUGCCUCUCCCGACAACCACAAGAGAGACCUGGCGUCAAUUCAAGCUUCCCUCGACGCCAUCAACGUCGGUCUCCAAAGAGUCGACACAGCGAUCCUGGGAAUCGCCCAAGGCACAGGCGCCUCCCUCCUACAGCUCGGCAUGCAAGCCGUGCCACUGCUUCAGAAUGCGAGCGCCCAGAUCCGACAAUCCGAGCCGCUGAGUCUUGAGGACUCACUCAACCUCGCCACGACGACGUCUGCACUGCGGCAGAACACCAACCUCACCAUCAACGACCUCAUCGCGCAGAAGCCUAUCCUGGAUCAGACGGGCUCCUCUGCGCUGGUAGCCGCCGGUCUGCAGCAGCAGAGGGAUGCCAGCAACGACCUGGCCGUUGCACUCGCCAGCAAGGUCGCGCCGAACACGCCCAACGUCGUCCAGGCUCUGAACGAGCUCUCUGGCAUCUUCGACCGGGCCAUCGCCGCGUUUAGUGGCGCGAACCCAGGGGCCGCUUCACAACUGCCUCCCGCACCGACUUUGACGGCUUCUCCAGGUGACCUCGCGCCUGUCACGCUUCCGGCCCCGGCCGCAUCAGCGGCUAAUGCUGUGUCGCAGCCUCUGACCGGGAUGGGAUCUAUCAAUCCUGACGGAUCGUGCAAUUGUGCUGUUGAGUGCCCAGCUGGUUCGUUGGGUGGCUCGAUGGUCAUGCGCUUCGUGUAG